AUGGAAUGGGUCAAUGGAACGACCUUAGAAAAUUACUUGAAUAACAACCCAAACCCAAACUUUUUAUUCUCCGUUCUCCGUAAAAUCGUUAAAGCCUUAGCAUACAUGCAUUCCAUAGGUGUAACUCACGCUGACAUUUCUACUACUAACAUUUUGGUAUAUAAUAUUUUAGAAAACAAAUACCAUAUCAAGUUUGUGGACUUUGGUAUCAGCCGUAAUAAUGACCCAAAAGAACAAAUCCCAUGCAAAGGUAGAAGAGGAUGGAUCGCACCAUAA